GCCUGCUUCCGGUGUCCGCCCUCCGGCUCCGCCGCCGCCGCGAUGCUGCUGCUGUGGCGGUCCCGCUGCCUGGGCCGGGCGCUGGGCCGGUCGCUGCGCGCCCUCCGGCAGGGGAACUGUACUCUGGCAAGAUGCACUCUGUCUGGUGUGGCUGGGAGCCAGGGACUGGCUUACACCAACAGCAGGAAGCUUGUAGUAAAUAGCUCCAGUGUCUUCACUGUCCGUUACUUCAGAACCACUGCGAUAUGUAGGGAUGACGUGGUUACAGUGAACACACCAGCCUUUGCAGAGUCAGUCACAGAAGGAGAUGUCAGGUGGGAGAAAGCUGUUGGAGACACAGUGGCAGAAGAUGAAGUGGUGUGUGAGAUUGAAACAGAUAAGACAUCAGUCCAAGUUCCAGCCCCAGCAGCUGGUGUGAUUGAAGCCCUUCUGGUACCCGACGGUGGCAAAGUGGAAGGGGGGACACCUCUGUUCAAACUCAGGAAAACUGGAGCUGCUCCUGCCAAGGCCAAACCAGCAGCAGCCCCUCCUCCUCCUGCAGCCCCUGAACCUGUAGCUGCGGCUGCUCCUCCCCCUCCUGCAGCACCAAUUCCCACUACGAUGCCACCAGUGCCACCCGUGUCACCUCAGCCCAUCGACAGCAAACCAGUGUCUGCAGUGAAGCCGGCUGCAGCCCCAGCGGCAGCCCCUCCUGGGGAGGCAGUGCCCAGCAAAGGUGCCAGAUCAGAGCAUAGGGUGAAAAUGAAUAGGAUGCGUCAGCGUAUUGCUCAGCGGCUGAAAGAGGCUCAGAACACUUGUGCCAUGCUGACCACUUUCAAUGAGAUUGAUAUGAGCAACAUCCGGGAGAUGAGAGCCGUACACAAGGACCCCUUCCUGAAGAAGCACAACCUGAAACUAGGCUUCAUGUCAGCUUUUGUGAAAGCUGCAGCUUUUGCUCUGCAGGACCAGCCUGUUGUGAAUGCAGUGAUUGAUGACACGACCAAAGAGAUUGUGUACAGGGACUAUGUGGACAUCAGUGUUGCUGUAGCAACUCCCCGGGGUCUUGUGGUCCCUGUUGUUAGGAAUGUAGAAAACAUGAACUUUGCUGACAUAGAGCGUGCUAUCUACGAGCUGGGGGAGAAGGCACGGAAAAAUGAACUGGCCAUUGAAGACAUGGAUGGCGGCACUUUCACAAUCAGCAACGGAGGGGUUUUUGGGUCACUCUUUGGGACACCUAUCAUUAACCCACCCCAGUCUGCCAUCUUGGGCAUGCAUGCCAUCGUCGACAGGCCUGUUGCUGUGGGAGGCAAGGUCGAGGUGCGGCCCAUGAUGUUCGUGGCGCUGACGUACGAUCACCGGCUGAUCGACGGCAGAGAGGCCGUCACCUUCCUGCGCAAGAUCAAGGCAGCGGUGGAGGAUCCCCGCGUGCUGCUGCUCGACCUGUAGAGCAGCCACACCCCCACACAUCCCACCCAGGGCAGGGCCGCAGCACCAGCAGGGACAAUGCAGGGCAUUCAGUAACUGGCAGGGGUCAUUCCAGUCUCCCUCCGCUGUGAUGGGAGCUGUCCCACCGGGAAUCAUGGGGAUAGCUCCUACCUCCCUUCCUGUUCUGUUUCACGAAGGUUCAGUUUCUCACUGGGAUUGCUAUGCAGUGGGACAACCACUGAAUGGCACUGCCUUUCCAAAGCCAUCUCUGUGGCAUCCUCUUCCUCACAGCACCAAACUCUCACCUCUAGCUUGUCCUGUACCACUGGAAUCUGCUCGCUGCUGCUGUGCUAGGGUACCCUUCCCUGCUGCUCCAAGCAGGGUUCAGCUUUAUUUCCUAGCACUGAUGUUCCUGGGAGGGAGAGGAGAGGAAAGGCUGCUGUUCUCUCCCUGUUUUGCUUGAAAGUAUUUCACACUCAUCUGCCUUGCAAGGACAGUCUGGGGACCCCCAGGCUGCUUGCAGCAGAGGUUUUGAUCAGAGCAGGGCUUGAGGUAGGUGUCAUACCUCUGGUAGUGCCCUAGUUACACUCCCUCCACAGACAGGAACGCAGCGGUGGCAGCUCCCCUGCUUUCCCUUGGAGAUCAUUUAUCUCUCCAGCCUGGUCACUGUGGCAUGAAUGCUCAUGUCCAGGUGGGCAGAGCCCAUGACCUCUGUGGAGGUAGCACCAUUCCUGGGGGGGACAACCCUUUCACCAUUACAUGCCUGACACGGGGGUAAGAACCAGCCCCCUGCAGCUGUCCUUGAAUUGCAGCUCACUGGUGGUGGAUCCAACUGCUGGCUUCCUGCGUGUGAGAGCUUGGCCUGCUACCAGCAGAGACAGCUGGAGGGGGCCAGGUCUUUCAGUGUAAUGUAUAUCCCAGCCCAAGGCUGCUGGUUUUGGGGGGAGGGGGGCAGUCCUUAAUCCAAUAGCGCACACAUGUAUCGGGGAGUGAGGGGGUUGCUAGUGCCUGCAGAGUAUUACUCUUACCCUCUACACAGAACUUGUAACUAAAAUAUUUAACACAGCAGAUUUUAAAUGAAAUAAAACUGGGCGAUGACUGCAAGGUGGGGUGUGUUUGAGGAGCAAGCAGCAGCUUCUGGGGGAGGAGCAGCAUCCCUAAUGUAGCAUAAGAAACUUACCUGAUGGUGUGAGAAAAGAGGGAACGGGAGCUGGGCCUGUCCCUGAUGGUACUAAAUUGAGGCUUUUCUGGCUGUGAGUUCUACUGCCCUCAAAGCCUCUUUGGCACAGAAUUGGCUCUUCCCAGCAAAGAUGAGGAUUUCAGGACUGGAAAUCAUCCUGUUCGUGGUCUAGCAACAGAACUCUGUAAGAGGGCAAGGAAAUCUCAGUAUUUGUUACAGGGCAUGAUGGCUCUUAAAGUACAUGGGUAGAGCUGGUUUGGUUUUUCCCUGAUAGAACAGGAGUGUUGUAAAUCAUGAAAGUGAGAAAAAGGCUGUUGAGGGUUGCAGAGAGAGAAAGUAUCUUUAAAGAACUGUGAAGCAAAAGCUGUCUGUGGUACUGAGCAUUUCCCUGAGGAACCAUCCCUGUUAAUUGUUCCUGGAUCAUGGCAGGGUUUUUCCAGCUCUGACAUCAACUUCAGAGAAUGGUUUGCCCUUCCCGACUACGAGUGAGGAAGGCAGCCCCUUUUAACAGAAAAUGAUUGCUUUCACAGCUGGCAUGCUGACCAAAGGGAGAGCAGUUCCUGGUACUGGUUCCCACUGCUUCCUGCCAGAUAAGGGACAAACCAGUGCUUGGAGCUGGCUUUCCUCUGGGUGAGGUAGAAGGUUAGGAGGAGAGAGAAAAAGUCCCUUCCUUGUACAGUAAAGGAAGGUUGAAGACUCUAGCUGCUUUUGCACAAAUUCAGUGAAUGAAAGAGAAGGUUAUGACUAAAAAAUGCUGCUAGCACCCCAUGCCUCGUGCUGGUUGAGGAUACAGAGAACCCAGCUUGACUUGGUAUGUGAGCCCGGGGAAGGGAAAUGCCUGUAUUCUGUCUGGAGCUGCAAUAAAUGAGGCCUUUGAACUA